GCUCAUUUGAAAGAAGAAUAUCGGGCGUGGUGUCCAACUGAUAGCCAACCAUGUUAGAAUGAGCUUUAGCUCGAGGAUAAGGUUGCUCAGAAGCGAGCUGUUAUCCUGAAGAAAUCUUCAGCUUAAUCUCCAGGUUACCGAUAGAGCGAGAGACAAUGUCUGAGGUUGCUGGUUUUGUUUCGAAAUUCGGAACCAUUACAAGCGGGGACCUGCGCCAAACCAUCACCACAACAAGAACAAGACCAAUCAGAAGCAGUAGGCAUUCCGUCAAACGACCGCCGCCGUCCGCUCCCAGAAUCAUAGCCGCCGGUUCCAGAAGUCACGACGCCGGCCACACCCAGCCGCAGCAACAGCUUGGCAGCAGCAGCAGAAGGAGCGGCAAAGCUCCACGGCGGUUGAUCACGAUAUCGACGGGGAACGGGAGGUGGAAUGGGGAAUGGAGCUGUGACUACUUGUUCACUUUUAGGGACCUCGGCCUCCAAGAUUUGAUCCAGGACGCUGUUGAGCAGAAAGAUGCCACCGUCUCUGUUAAGCUAUGUGUUGAGAAGCACGCGAGCUUUGGAUUCUCAGUGGACGGAAUCAUCAUCACUUCCUUCACCAAGAAAUGCAUCAGCUGCAAUUCCCCUUACUCCACACAGAUUGAUACGAAUGUGAACGUGUGGGUUCUGCCCUCAAGUAGACAGAAGCACGACAGAGGUCCAAUGGAUGAAUUUCCACUCAUUGGAGGGGACGACCCUUCUGUUAUCUACGUGAAGCCAGGUCACGAAGCCGAUCUUGACUCAUUGGUAAGGGAUGCAGUCCGUUUAGCCAUUUCUGUUAAGGUAUCAUCCCUCCGCAGAAGCUAAGCUAAGCUAAGCUAUAACUCCCUCCCUACUUUAUUAUCGGUAAGGACUCUAGACACGAGCUUGCGCGCGUUGAUGUUGUACUCCUUGAUGCAGGAUACAUCGGAUACAUGUUCGGAUCGUUGUGAGAAAACACAGCCCAAAUUACACUAUAUUGGGAAGCAGAACCCGGUUGGUGUUGACAAGAGAUGGGCGAGGCUUUUGCAGCUCAAGAGUCAACCAAGUACGUGAUAUACAGAAGAGGCGAGGAUUUUUGGAAGUGGCUGCUAGCCUGCUACUGCUAUGCCUCCUUAGGGGUUCUCCUUCCUAAGCACAUAGAACUUUGAAGAGAUCGAUCACCACUGAAACUCAAGGUGUGUUACAGAUUGUUGUCAUGUUGUAGAAAUAAGGGGAUGGUCGUUGUAUAGGUCUGAAACCCCUGUUGUAUUCUAAAAUUCUCUAUACAGACUUCUAUUCUAUGACUAUGCAUACCAAGGUUCCUAGAUAUCCCAGGUGCAUCUUACUAUCUCCCAACAUUACUUAUACAUCAAUCUCCCACAUUUCACAGCUCAUAGUUAUACAAGUUACUAUCGACAUUAAUGUAGAUGAAUUUCUAAAAUUGUACCAAGUAAUUUUUAGAAAUAUUUUGUUAGUAAAAGGAAAUCGUAAAUGAUUCCACGUGCUUUAUUCAAGAUCAUGUAGGAUGUUUGCUAUGAACCUGUGUAUUUGCUUCAUUAUCGUGGCGAAGUUUAGAGGAGCAGUAGAAAUGCUUUCAGUUGGCUUGAGAUGCUGCACAUAGAAGAAC